GUCUUUCUAUCUGAAUGCCCAACGAAGAUAGCAGUACCACGUGCAUUCAUCUCAACCCGUAUAGUCACUAUCUCCAAGUAAAUUACUAAAGGAUCAACAUGGUGAAGUUAGCAGCAAAGGCCGCUAAAAAGGCAACACCAAAGAAGAAGGCACCCCCGCCGCCAAAGGAGGUGGAAGAGUCCAGCGAGGAAGAGGAGAGCAGCGAGGAGGAAGCGGCUCCUCCACCAAAGGCAGUGAAGAAAACCCCAGUCAAAGCAACCCCAGCUAAAAAUGGCAAAGCAGCCCCCAAAGUAGAAGUCGAGGAGGAUGAUGACGAAGAGGAAUCUGAGUCAGAAGAGGAGGCCCCCCCACCCAAGAAGACCCCAGUGAAGGCCAAAGCCGCCCCUGCAAAGAAGGAGGAAUCUUCAGAGGAGGAUGAUGAGGAAGAUGAUGAGUCCGAGGAAGAGGCCCCACCACCAAAGAAGGCCGCCGCGAAGCCAGCCGCCAAGGCAGCCCCCGCUGCCGAGGAGUCUGAGGAAGACGACGAGGAGGAUGAAUCCGAGGAGGAGAUGGAUACCGCUCCAGCCCCCGCCAAGGCCAAGAAGGCUGGCAUGGUGAAGGCCAAGGAGGAGUCUGAGGAAGAGGAGGAUGAUGAUGAGGAAGAUGACGAUGAAGAUGAUGACGAAGAGGAAACGCCAGCAGCUGGCAAAAGAAAGGGAGACAACAAAAAGGAAACGCCACCUGCCAAGAAGGUCAAGGCAACAGAAGGAGAACCCUUCUGCCUCUUCGUGGGGAACUUGAAUUCAGAGAAGGAGUUCGACGAGCUCAAGGAAGCCCUGAGGACAUUCUUCUCAAAGAAGAGCCUGGAGGUCGCCGACGUCAGGAUAGGUGCCUCCAAGCGGUUCGGGUAUGUGGAAUUCAACUCUGAGGAGGACAUGCAGAAGGCCAUGGAGUUGAGCGGCAAGAAAGUGCUGGGUCAGGAGAUCAAGCUAGACAAAGCCCGCAGCAAAGAAGCAGGCCCCAAUGACAAAAAAGAUAGGGACUCACGGACACUGUUCGUGAAGAACCUUCCCUUCCACUGUACGGCUGACGACCUGAAGGAGGGCUUUGAGAGUGCCGUUGACAUCAGAGUACCCGAAGGCCAGUCAGGUGGAAACAGAGGAAUCGCUUACAUCGAGUUCAAGACAGAGGCGGAGGCCGACAGGAUGCUGGAAGUAUCCCAGGGCGCGGAGGUCCAGGGACGCACCAUCACAGUCGACUUCGUCGGAGACAAGAGCCAGAGGGGCAAGAUGGGAGCCCCAGGUGGAGCUGGAGGAGCCGCACCAUGCAAAACCCUGAUGGUCAACAAUCUUUCGUUCAACGCCACAGAAGAGGCACUUCAAGCGACGUUCGAGAAGGCCACAUCAAUUAGGAUUCCCCAGAACAACGGCAAACCCAAGGGCUUCGCCUUUGUGGACUUUGAGAACAUGGAGGAUGCAAAGGCAGCCCUGGAGGAGUUCAACAACACAGACAUUGAGGGGCGCUCGGUCCGACUGGAGUUCUGCCAAAGCAGAGACGGAGGCCAAGCCAAAUCAGGUCCCACCAAAGUCCUGUUCGUCAAGGGUCUUUCUGAGGACACCACGGAUGAGUCCCUGAGAGAGGCCUUCCAGGGAGCCGUGAGCUCCAGGGUGGUCACAGACAGGGAGACGGGAGCAUCUAAAUGCUUCGGCUUCGUGGACUUUGACACGGAGGACGACGCCAAGGCGGCCAAAGAGGCCAUGGCGGAGGGAGAGGUGGACGGCACCAGGGUGACCCUCGACUACGCCCGGCCCAAGGGCGAGAGCGGCGGGUUCCGUGGCGGACGCGGCGGCCGUGGAGGCGGCGGCUUCGGAGGCGGACGCGGCGGCGGCGGCUUCGGGGGUCGCGGCGGCGGCGGCUUCGGCGGACGCGGCGGCGGCGGCCGUGGAAGGGGCGGAGAUAGAGGCGGCCGAGGCUUCGGAGGUCGCGGCGGCGGCGGAUUCGGAGGUGGUAGAGGUCGUGGUGGCGGCGGAAGUUUCGGCGGCAAGCCCCAGGGAAAGAAGAUCAAGUUUGAUGACUAAGCGUCCAUUUUACUUGUUGAAUGGACUCUGGUUUUCAUCAGUUUUUAAGAGCCGUUGGACAUUCCAGAAAGCAUUGUUAUAUAUUUAAUUGUUGGUGGGCAUUUCAACACCCACCCCUCCACACGCCCCUCCCUCCAUGGUGGGAGGGCGGUUAGGUCUCAGUUAUCGGCCUCUUUCAGCCCCCGGAAAGUUUUUGCUUUUUUUUUUGUUUUUGUUUCUUACCCCAAUAGUAAGAUGAGUUGCUCUCCGCAAAGUUUCCCUGCCUUUUCAGAUACACCUUGUACAUUAAAUAAACUGUAUAAUUUUGUUUUACUUUUUGUGCGUGUUGUAUCCCCAACGUUUUUGUUAUAUUUAGUUAAGCUGUAGUUGCAGGAAUUUUACUGUGUAAUGUGCAAGGAAUUUUGUAACUGAUGGAGAAGUUGGGACUUGUGAUGGAUGGGGGUGUAUAGGCUCUUGUUGAAGAGUUUAUGAAUUUUCGGGCGGCAGUCAAUGUGAGUCUGGGGACUAGUCCAUGAUAUUGCGCAGAUAUGUAACAUAAAAUAUUUGUAGUGCAUUGACUAAUUUUCCCAUCUGAAAAUGUAAAGGUUUUCAUGUGAUUAAACCCUUGUAAGUGGUGAUUUUUAAAUGUCUCAAGUCCUCA